AUGAAGCAUACAAUAGCUUCUGCUAUUUGCUUUGCCACAGCCGCCAGUUACUCCUCUUUCUCGACAACAAUGUUCUGGGCGAAACUUGCUGUAUUUCUGGCAGUGUGCGUCCUUGUUUGCGAUGCCUGUCCGCCCAACAACCCGAGACGACGAGAAGCUGAACCCACCCCUCCUACAAGCCGCGCUCGUAGUGGUGGAGGCGGUAAUCGUCGUAGUGGAGGGGGCAGUGGUGGUGGUGGAGGAGGCAGUGGUGCUGGUGGAAGCCCUGCUGGUGAUGGAAGCCCUGGUGGUAGUGGAGAUACUGGUGCUCCUGGUGCUCCUGGUGCUUCUGGUAAUCCUGGAGCGCAAGACGGUAAUACUCAGCCUACUGGUCGUAAUGCUGGAGGUAAUACUGGCAACAACGGUAACGCUGGGGGAGCUACGGGUGCUAACGCAGCAAAUGCUGGCACACAAGCUGCCCCCGCAGCUCCUCCCGCAGCUCCUGCUUCCUCGGGCUAG